CUGAAUACCGCAGUCGGUAAAAUUGCCAGAAUGUAUCGUGUUAUUUCACUUGGUGUGGCUUAUAUUAGGUUUUGUCUUUGCAUUUUAUUAUUUGUCCAGGAAGCAUUAAGCCAACAAGGUAGCCCAACCAAUGCAUUUGGCAAUCCGCCUGGUUCGGCGCCUUUUUUCUUGGAUCAGCCGCAGACCAGGAUCCGCUCGCAGAUAACGCAAAAUGACCCCAACCGGCUUUUGUCCAUCCGGGAUGUUCCCUGUGGUGUGCCCCGUACCGGCUCCGAUGACCCCUUUCGUCUGAUCGAUGCCAAUUACAAUCCGCGCGGCACUUCCGAUAUUCCGUUUUUAGGCCGUACUGUGUUCCGGUUGGUUAACGGAUCGGCAGUGGAGGUGAAAAUCAAAGAUGAUAUGCGCAUCAGAAGCGGUCAAAGUUGCUGGCAGGCUGAAGUUGUGCGCGAUGGCAAAAUAGUUUGCGGAGGAUCUUUGGUAGGAAGUCACACCGUGCUGACCACAAGUAGCUGCGUGAUCGAUUUGGGCAACAGGACCGGCGGAAUGCGUCUGUUCGAAGCACGCCGCUUCCAGGUGACCUUGGGAUCUGUUCAACUUAACGAUGAUGACGGGUCCAGUGCCGGCUUGUCAGCGUCAUGUAUUCAACGCUUUCAAGUGAUGCUCAUUACCAGCCAUGGGAUGUUCAAUCCGGAAACAAAUGAGAACGAUAUUGCCGUGUUGAAGCUGGACAGGGAUGUGGACUUCACCCGGCCAUGUAUAUGUCCGCUGUGCUUGUCGUCUGAUCUGCCAGAUUUCACUGAAGUUUGUGCGGUAACUGGGUUUGGCCUUAAUCGCGAGGUAAAUCCCGACACGGACAACAGCUUGAAAAUGUCGCAUAUCAGCAUCCUCUUCCUCCGCCAAACCAAUCCCCGGUGUGGAAUACGAACCGGAAGCCAUAACAGCACCGCGCCAGAUGUUAAUAACUUGCUAUGUGGAGAAAUUCUCCCGGAUGAGCAGCCAUGCCAAGGGGACACUGGAGGCGCGCUCAUUUGUUUCGAUGCGGAAACACGUAGCCACUAUCAAGCCGGUAUUAUCUCCUACGGAUUUGGUUGCAAAACAGGAAGCAUUCCUGUGGGGGUUGUCACACGUAUACAACCGUAUCUCCAGUGGAUUCACGAGUUUUCCCAGGGAGAUGCUGGCGUACAACCACCUACGCCGGAUGUCAGGCGCAUCAAGUUCAAAAUUUGGCGCCAAGAUAAUUCAACGCAGUAAUUUAAUGCUCACGAAUUCAGAUAUACUUAUUCAUGUGCAUAAAACACGUAGCACAUUUCCAUGCCUAGUCAUACAAUACAUGCAAUAAUGGCCUGUUUUAAUGUUUUUAAACUUUCACAGUAAAACACCC